CAUGUAUGUCCUGGCCCAGGAAACGCAAAGGCUAGUUUGGAGGAGUGAAAUGAUUUUCAUGAGUUUUGGGAGAUCAUUUGUUUUCUAAGAUUAAGGUGUUGCCUUCCUGCAACACUAUCUAGCCGAUAAGUUACUGAGAGAGGAUCUCUGUUGAGAGUGAAUCCGUGUAAAUGGCGUCGACAAAUGAUCCAUUUCAAUUUCAAGAAUUUGAAGAAGCUGGCAAUCUAUUAGAAGCCAACAGAGAUGCAACCACCAUAAGCAUUGAAGAUGAAGCUAUCCAAACUGAGAACCAGAGAAAAUCUGGUGGUUUAACUGCUGGUGGUGAUGAUGAUGAGGACCCACUUGCCUAUGACGACAAGUCUGAGCUUCUCUCUGGGCAAAAGAAAAGUGUCCCUUUCUGGACAUUCGAGUACUACCAACAAUUUUUUGACAUUGAGACCCAUCACGUGAAGGAAAGAAUCAUUGGAUCAGUGCUGCCAUGGCCUGGAAAGAACUUUAUUCAGGUCUACCUUCGUCGAAAUCCUGAUCUUUAUGGACCAUUCUGGAUUUGCACCACUCUUGUGUUUGCCAUUGCUAUCAGUGGUAACAUAUCCAACUUUCUGGUGCACUUAGGCAAGCCACACUACAAGUAUACCCCAGAGUUUGGAAAAGUGACCAUAGCUGCAACAGCAAUCUUCAGCUAUGCUUGGUUGGUGCCUCUUGCCCUCUGGGGUUUCCUGCUAUGGAGAAACAACAAGAUCAUGAACUUGGUGUCAUACUCCUUUAUGGAGAUAGUCUGUGUGUACGGCUAUUCACUUUCAAUAUACAUACCAGCGGUGGUCUUAUGGAUUCUUCCAUAUCAAUGGCUGAGGUGGACCUCCAUCGUGGUGGCUCUUUGCCUCUCUGGGUCAGUGCUGAUGAUGACUUUCUGGCCUGCAGUCCGGGAUGACCACCCCAAAGUGAUCAUAGCAGUCAUGUCAGCCAUUGUGGUGUUCAACGCCCUGCUUGCUGUUGGUUGUAAGGCCUAUUUCUUUAGCAACCCACAACCAGAUCUACCACCUAACUCUACAGCAAUCGAGGUGCAGCCUUCGUCAUGAAAGCCUUUCAUUGUUUGAAGGUAAACAAUAGUGACACAGAAGCUUUUAAAGCCAUGAGCCCAUUGUUCAAAUACACUAAUAACCUGAUGCAUGUAAGUCAUAUUUCUCCACUUUGUGCUUUCUCAUGGUGGUUUUUAUUUUUGCACUCAAUUGUUUAAAGAAUAAUGACCUCCUAGGGCAGUAGCAGCUCUACACUGUUGUCCUAUUUUAGUGGCUGUGGCUCAAGCUUGUGUUAUUUUGACCUGCUAGAGGAGAACAUAUGACACCGGACUUCCUCUACACGAUUUCUCCUUCCCAAAGCAAGUGUUAUUCUUUUUUAGAUUGCAGGUUCUCCUGUUGCCUUAUUAGAAAGAAUCGGGUUGCUGUGGUGAUGAAGUCAUUGGUCGUCUAGAUUUCACCUGCACUUGGACAUUCUGGCUUAAGACCUUUAACCCAGUGUGUAUACUUCGUGCAACUGCAUGACCUCUGGAAAUGAACACCACUAUUAAGUAUGCUUUUUCUUAUGGGAUGGGUUCUAAAUUAACAAAGCACACAAGAUCUCUUUUAGUAUGGUAAUUUUAUGCUUUAUAGUUCUUAAGUUGAAAUAUACAGAUAACCAGUAUGAGCAGUGAUGUUGGUGGCAGUUUGUAUAUGCAUUUUUUUAUAUACCUAUAAAGACAACUGGUUUGUAUAUGUAUGUACAGAAUUUUCCACAUAAACAGGAUACAAACAAUUAUAGGUAUUGGUAAGAUUUUCAAGGGUUUGGACUUAUUAUGUAUACAGAGUUAUUGUAUUUUUCUCUAACUGGUAUAAGUGCCCUUAGCUAAUGCCAAAGACCCAUCGUAAAUGUCCAAGUGAUUUACAACUUGUGUAACUAUUUUUGUAAUUCAUUUGUUUUCUAUUGUUACAGACUGCAUUUGAUGAAAUUUAAUAUGUCUGUUUCAUGGGGAAUAAAAUAAAACAUGGUCUAUGUGUGGGCCACUUUUAUUAAUGAAAUCA